UUUGACAAACAACAACAAACAACAAGGAUGAACGAUGCAUCAUGCGUAUCAUGCGUGAAACGGAACGCACCCUAGGGCUCAAUUCUGUACCGCCUAUCGACAACUAUCGGUGUCGUUACGCAGAUAUUUUAUAUGGCAAAAAACCUGCGCAACGACACCGAUAGUUGUCGAUAGCCGGUACAGAAUAGAACCUCUGGCCCUUGGUGAAAAUGCGCGCGCGUUCGAGAAAGAUGGCGGGAUGGACAACAUGGAUUCUGAUCGAACUCUCUCCACUUAACCUCUAGCGUCCGCUAGGUGCGUGUGAGUCGAAUGAGUCGAACCGUAUCAUAGUCGCGUAACCAUACUGGAGUGACUAAAAAGGAAACGUUAACGUAGUGACGGACGUGUUUAGCAAUUCAUAUGAGAUAAUCGCGGCGUGAAAAUUAGAUGCAAGUUGUCCGCGAAUGUAAAGAAAUAUCGACUCGCGAAUACACUCAAUCGGCAAGUACGCGCGCAAACGCCACAUUCCAAUCGUUUUGCACUCUACCACUCUGCGUAGCGAUAUACUCUACAUGUAACCGCCGCCAUAGUUAAUAUUGCAUACUGCCGAAGGAUUAUCAAGGGCAUAUAGAGAGAGAAAAAAAAAGAACCGCCUAAGCUGAUCGAUUCGUGGAGACGAGAAUCCGAAAAAUCCUAGACAAGGCGUUAGAUGUCAGAACGUGAAAACGUGACGAGUGCGCAAGUCAGGACGUAUUGAAGCGAGCGCGUCGUUGAUCCAAGCGUUCCGCGUGCAGCUGUAGACUUUUUGUAUGGGCAUUCGACCCAAGCGCAUUCGACGCCGGAUUCGACCCUUACGGCCAGUUUACGCGUGUUGACUACCGUUGUCGUAGUAUCGUGUGGCGUCAAGAGCAACUAUGUACCGUUAGUUCGAAUCUAUUCCCGUUGACCGGUUCGAACGAGAUCACGCUCGCCUACCUACCGACCGAGGAAGGCCGAGCCAUAUUCGUUCGCGGUUGGUUGUAAACCCGGAAACGAAGCGUGUGCGCGUCUCCGUUGAGCGAGAGAGCUAGAGAGCUCGUCGCGCACUAGAGAGCGAGCGAGUGAGAGAGAGAGAGAGGACGCGAGCGCGCGCGGCAGUGUGUGAGCGCGAAUUUAUCGCGGAGUCACUCUCGAGCUCUCCUCGAGUUUCCGUUAGCAUACGCGCGCGCGUUCGUCCCGACGUCUCCACGCAUAUGUAUGACGUGUGCAUCGCAACGAUAGCAACCGCGGUGCGCGACGUCGUUCAGCGUGUUCCGUUGAAAUGAGAAAGUUGCCGUUGCAUUGAGGAGGAUUGGGAACGACGCACGCGAGCCAGCCAGGCAGCCAGACGGACAAUUCCCGUACUAAGCGGAGGCACGGUGAACGAAGACAGCGGCAGUAACAGCGGUACGUUGAGCCGAGUCUGCACGGAGAGUUGUGCUCGCUGCUCGCCCAUCCGCCCGCUUCUCAUCCAUCUGCCUGCCGCCUGUACUUACGAGCGUAAUCGUCUCAAACAAUGAAUUUUACACCUUUUCCUGGAUUUACUGGCUCGCUGCCAACUGGCACCGUUCAUCAAUUCGCCACAGCGAAAUUCGCACAGAAUCUUACCACUGGAGGACAGGUAGUCGGAGUUUUAUCUGGUGGUGAAGGUGGAGUUCAUUAUUUGAGGCCAGUUGAUCCAAAUGGCUUUGCUGUGGCUCAGAGUGGUAAUAAUCAACAACAGCAAAUUAUUACUUUGCCCAUCACUGUUCCGGGUAAAGAUGGCACACAACAACAGCAGACCGUCCAGAUACAGGUGGUCAAUCCUAGCGUGUCUCAAAGCGGAAAUAGCGGCGAUCAGCCAAAGUAUCAUUUGGCACCGAUAUCUUUGAGUCAGUUCCCACAGGGAGCAGCUACUGUUCUCACUGUUGCUUACAGUCAGCAAGGCGCAGAUGGUGUUCAAAUUCAAGUACAACCGCAAAAUACUGUAGCGACUACGCAAACAUCCGAUCAAACAACACAAAGCACAUCUACCGCUGUGACCACUACGUCUCAACAAACCAUUCAACAGACCGUACAACUUCCGGGAGCGCCCGAAGGUCUGACCGUAGUCGCUCAGAUUCCUCAAGAUUUGAUUCUGCGAGAAAGCAUAGAGGAAUCCAAGGAAGAUGUGAAAGAGAGUACGACACCCGUGGCUCUUAUUAAACGAGGUAGUGUCAAGAAUCAAGGUAAUCAGAGUGGGGAGGAGUUUAUUACUUCUAUGCCUGCCAGUUGGCAGAGCCUCGCUACUCCAGGAUCUACGGUCGCUGAUUAUCUCUCUAGACUGCCCACAAGUACUUUGCCCAUUAGUUUGCAACACUUUCUCAAGUUUUCGGCGGAAACUAUUAAAAGGGAAGCUACUAUUGAAUCCAGUCCGCUCGGAGCGGAUGGUCUCGACGCUUCCGCAAGCACAGCUUCUGGAGAGCAAGCUGUGCAGAUUACAGUUGCCGGAGGAGAAACAGCUAUCAUUCCCGAUGUUGUCGAAGAACAGGAGCCAGGAGCGAAACCAAAACGUAAAAAAAAAUACAAAAAGAAACCACCAAAACCGAAGAAACCAAAACCAGGACAGGUAAGCAUAGUUACCGCUCUUGAUGGCACAACUCUGUUUUGCUGCCCUCAAUGUAAUAUGGCGUAUCCGGAGAAGGAAAGUUUGGAGCAGCAUCUGAUUGGACAUAAGAUAGAAAGGAGAUUUAUAUGUGACAUUUGCGGCGCUGGUCUUAAACGGAAAGAACAUUUGGAGCGGCACAAAUUAGGUCAUAAUCCUGAUAGACCUUUUAUUUGUUCCGUUUGCAUGAAAGGUUUUAAACGAAAAGAACACUUGAAUCUUCAUUUUGUUAUACAUUCUGGACAAAAGACAGAAGUUUGCACCGAAUGCGGCAAAGCGUUCUAUCGGAAAGACCAUCUUAGAAAACACGCGAGAUCUCACCUUACUAAGCGUGCUAAGGAGGAUCCGUUAAAUACGAGUGAUGCCACACAGAAUCAACAACAGGCGGACCAGCAACAAGUGGAACAAAUACAACAAUCUUCGGUGCCCGAGUUGCAGCAAAUUCAAAUACAAGUAGGACAAGGAUCUCAAGCGCAGAUUCAUCAGAUAUCCGUUAGUGAGCAAUCUACCGUAGUUUUACCUACAGCAGCUGAAACUGGAGCUAUGACUAUGCUUCAUCAUCAACAGCAGCAGCAACAGCAAACGCAACAACAGCAGUCGCAGCAACAGCAGCAACCGCAACCACAGCAGCAGUCGCAGCAGCAGCAGCAGCAUUAGCAACAGCAUACCGCCCCAAAUCAACUUGGGCGGUACUUUCGUUUCAAUCAUCAGCACGCUAGAGGUCGUACACGACAUAGCGUACUCGCUGAUUGUAUAUCUCCGUGUGUGCGAGAAAAAUCUCCGCAUUCGCAUUCUCAUCUUUCACAGAGACCCCCGCCCCCUCCUUUUGAGGAAAGGAUCCGAUACUGCGAGGAAAAUGAGAAGGACAUCGUUGCACAUGAAUUUCGCUUACAGUCUGCAAUGAAUUUCCCACCGUUUGGAGGUCAUUUCCCCAGCACUAUACCGAGUAUCCAUCAAUUCGCGACUGAUAGUUCCAGUGGUGCAAGCGCACGCUACGCCAAUCAUUUUCCCAAUCAGCCUCCAAUUGGAGUGCCGGUUGUGGGAAAAUACCGUCCUGAGAACAACGGCGUACAAUCUGGUCAAUCGCAAGUGAUGAUGAACACGAAGGUCAGCUAUCCCAACAGUAAUGUUCACCAUUAUCCAAAUGUUUCCUAUUCUCAAGCUCAGUCGGUUCAACAACGACCAACCAACUCGCCUGGUAUGCAAGAAAAACGACCAUAUCAUCAGCAAUCCACGGAAACCAUAAAUCAGCAGGAUGUCUGCAAUCUACUUCAAGACAAAGACAAGAACAAGGAGAAAAAAGUAGAGGAACAACAGCGCAAUGGGGAAACUACCACGAAUGGCGCUCAACAAGAUUACACGAUGCAUCAACAUCACCAACAGCACGCUCAUACUCAAACACCAGCAACUAUGCCGGCAACGUGGCAAUCGCUCGCGACUCCUGGUUCUACCGUAGCUGAUUAUCUCAGCCAUUUACCGGCUAGUACUUUGCCAUUAAGUUUACACCAUUUUCUUAAGUAUUCUGCUGAAAGUAUAAAAAAGGAAUCUGAGAUGGCGCAAACAACCUCGGUGGCAGUAGCGACUACGACAACGCCCAAUAUAAUGAUGUCGCCGAAUAAUAAAAAGAAGAAAAAGAAGAAGACGCCGAAAGAAAAGAAACCACGUCCAAAGCCCGGCGAAAUUCGUCUAACGACAGCGUUGGAUGGUUCAACAUUAUAUUGCUGUCCGGAAUGUCAUAUGGCAUAUCCAGAACGAGAAUUGUUAGAGCAACAUCUUUUAGGCCACACUUUAGAGAGAAGAUUUGUUUGUGAUAUAUGUGGUGCUGGCUUGAAACGAAAAGAUCAUCUUACGCGUCAUAAACAGAGCCACAACCCGGAGCGACCUUAUGUUUGCACCGUUUGCUUGAAAGCUUUUAAAAGAAAGGAACAAUUAACAUUACAUUUUGUUAUACAUUCUGGAGAGAAGCGACAUGUAUGCACCGAAUGCGGCAAAGGAUUCUAUCGUAAAGAUCAUUUACGAAAACAUACCAGAAGUCACAUCGCGAGAAGAGUUAAAGCUGAACUGAGUCAAAACGCUGGCACACAACAGAAUCAACAACAAAAUAAUGUUUCAAGUAUGCAAACCACAACCGUUUCAGCAUCAUCUGUUCUUCCGGGCGGACAUCCGGGUCCUCUUCUGUCCUGAGCCCCGCCACCAGGGAACUUUCAGGUUCCCCAUCCAAAUAAUAUUCUUCAUACUCAUGGAUCGCAUCAUUCGCUACAUCAUCAUCACCUAACGGCAGUAAAUGUAGCGCAUCAAUCGAGCGUCACCCCACUCGCUACGUCUGGUCAUUAUCAAUCACACGAGCUUAGCUUUUUGGGGCACGUUAAAGAUUUCUGAGAUAAGGAGAAAACCUCGGUAAAGAGGUAACAUCGAGAUGCUAAUCGAUUGACGAAGACUACGACGACGGUGACGAUGAAGAAGAUGAGUAGCACUGAGACUGACCCAUAAUUAUACUCUAGUAUAUUUUAUAUAAACGUAUUUGCGUUAUUAUAUGCUUCAAAAUUUCUCGUUUUGUCUUGUCAAUAUAAUAACGAAAGGAAAAAAGUAGGAGAAAAAAACGAGCGAUGUCUCAUUCCUUCUUCAAGUCUUAAUUUAUUCUUGAAUUGUCUCGUUAUAUUUGUUCUUGUAAUUUUCAUUGCCAGUAAUGUUCUCACCACAAUAAUAUUGUGCAUCAAGAAAUAUGAUAAUAUCCUUCGCAAAUGAGCAAAAAAUUCAGUUAAAUAUAAGAAAUCUCGAAACUAUAAGCUAAAUCUGAUAAUUCUUUUUAUUGUUUUUUAUUUCGCAAGUAAACUAUUUUAAAAAGCUAAUUCGCAUAAGAAAUAUAAAAUCAUUUUUAUCAAGUUUUUUUUAGAUAAAGAAGAUAUGAAACAUUUUUCACACGAUUGAUUUUUCUUAUCACUGCACAUAAUGAUAUUAAGAUUAUUAAGAAUCAAGUUUAUGAGCAAAUACAUAUUACAAACCUAUGUAAUAUAAAAAAGAUAUUUAUUCAGAUAUAUUACAAUAUAGGCACAGUUUCGAGAAAAAUUUUCUCUAUUGAUUUUAUAAUUGGGCAUCCUAAAAGUGUAACAACAGUAAUUCUUGGUGAGACAUAAUAAAGCGCAUCUUUUAAAAAAAGGACGCUUUUUCAAAAUAAUAUAUAAGAUAUACGUAGUCAUAGACAUUAUAUGCUCUUUAUAGCAAACAAAAAUGCAUAUGUGGAAAGAGUAUUAAUUUUUUUCCACAGCAACUUUAGAGUAGAAGUUUGACUACAAGUCAAAAAUUCUUGCCAUACGUUGUGUACGAUGAAGAAAAAGAUAUUUUUAUGAAAAGCGAUAUAACUUAGAAAUUAAGCAAAUCGAUGAGAGAGAGAGAGAGGAUAAUAAAUUUUUUUUUAAUGAAUCAUUAGGUUGACAUUUACGAGUGAUUUUUUUGAAGUAAUUGCCAUUAUUUGCUUAUCUUUUGUUGAAUAAUAUUAUAAGUGCAAAUAGUGUAAAAGGAAUAAAAAUUACAUAUAAUAAUAUUCCUAAUACACGUUAUAAUUGAGUUAAAAAUUAACCCACCGAUUGGAAAACAGUAUUUUUUUAUUUGAAUGAAUUAUUUACAUUUUUAUAGUGCACAAAGGAUAAAGAUUAUUUAUAUGAAUUGUACAUUUUUUUGUUAUAUAUAUCUUAUAAAAAUGUGACAAAAGUGUAGCAAUAUUUCGAGAUGGAUAAAAACCGUAUAUUUGUUUUUUAAUAUAUCAAGUUGACGGCAUUUUAUAUUUUUACGAUGGUUCUAAAUUUUUCUUGUAUGUAUUUGCGUAUAUAUGUAUAUGUGUACGUGUGGAUGUAGUACGCAGGAUUUGUACAUGUAUAUUACAUGCGAAUCAUCCAAACAUUUGCCCUAUUGAUUGGAGCAAGAUAUUUUUAUUUUUCUUUGCGACUUAUCGCAUGAGCACUUGUCAUGGAAGCUUAAUUAGUUUUUAUAAUUUUUAUAUGACUUUACAUUGUUUUUAUACAUAUUUUUCGUUGGACUUCUUAUAUUCGUUACGUUCGUUGAAUACCGAUUAUUUAUAUAAGAUUAUUUUUAAGUAUAGUAUAUAUUAUACGUGUGUGUAUGUGUGUAAAUACAUACCUACACAUAGAUGUCACUUACACUGUGGUCUCUUGAACAAUGUGUGUUUAAGUUUAGUUUUUAAUCUUUAUAUUUGUCCCACUUUUAAAUCUUUUCACAGACUGUGAUUGUUUCCGACAAAGGAUAUCUGUUAUAAUUAUUAAAUUGCGUUUAAUUUUAUGCUUUUGCUUCAUUUUAGUGUUAAUAUUUGUGCCAUCCAUUUUAAAUUUAUUUUCCUUUUUUCUUGCCAUAUAUUAACAGAUAUUUGCCUUAUAGUCAAAUAUUAUAUACAUUCAUAGAUAUUGCUGUGUGCAUUGAUACGUACAUCUCACACAUACAUUUUUUUAAUUAUUGUCAUCAUCACUGUUAUAAUUUUUUUAUUAUCAUUGUUAUUACUAUGAUUAUUAUUAUAUAUUAUUAUCUUAUACUUAUUAAUAUAAUCGUGAAAUAAUGACGGAUAUGACUGUAUUGCAUAAAUAUGCAUAUUGAAAUGUAAAAUGUUAGAAAUAUGAUGAGAAACAAAGAAAUUUUACUUUUACUAACAUAAGAAAAAAUAUCCAAAUAUAAUUGUAUUUGUUUUUCAAAAUUUUGCUUUAUUGAAAAAAUAGUGGACAUUAAAACAUUUUGUAAUUUGCAUAUAAAAUGUUUAUAAGGAUACGAGUUUGUAAUCGAACCACAGAAUGUCCAUAUUAUUUAUACAUUGUUACGUUUUACGUUAUUUUACAAAAUAUGCAAUAGUAGCAUAAAAUACCGAACUACAUUCAUUAUUUCACGCGGAUGCUUAUUGCAAUAAUAAAGUAAAUGACAUCUCUGUUGAAAUGCACUUUUUACAUUUUUUUUCAUCAUAUCUUUAACAUAAAACAUUUUAAGUAAUACAGAAAAUUCAGGUUUCGUCAGACCUCAAAUAUAAUGAUAAAAUUAUUUCAUGUGUGUUUUUACAUACACACGCACACAUAUAUGCAUACACAAAUAUAUACACAUGUGUAACUAAAAAUCGUACGUAAGAGAUCAAUUUACAUUAAGAUACUUUAUUGCCAUGUACUUGUAACUAUCGAGAUAGCGUUAGUUUUAGAUUUCAUAUGUGUGCGUGUGUGUGUAUGUGUGUGUUACGUGCAUGCGUGCGUGUGUUUGUGCGUGCGCGUGCGUGUAUUAGUGAAUAAGAAUUUAUAUACAAAAUAUAUUAUUGAAUAAGGCACAAAAAGGGAAGCCAAGAAUCGUACGUGAAAUGUAUCAAAUAUCGCGCAUUUUUUUCAACGCAAGUAUUAGGAGGAAAAGCUUAAAAUGAAUAUAUUUCUUUUAUACCGCAAAAAAAUAUUUACAAGUUCUGGAGAUAUAAAAGCACUUAUAAAAGAAAAGCUUUAAUGAGAGACUAAAUUUUAAUUCUAGUAUCAUAUAAAUAUUAACAGAAUAUUAAUUUAAAAGCAUUCAUCAAAACUGCCAUGUAAAGAUUGAUAACUGAAGAUAUUGAAGAUGCUGCUGAAUUAAUUUUUAGUUAAGACAAAAAUUAUAACCCGGGUAUUAAAAUGAUGUCAAAAAUAGUGACGUCUAUUUUAAUCUAUUUUUUAUUGUUGAUUAUGAUCUUUUAACGUUAUUUUGCUACUUGGGGGAGGGGGGGGGAGCGCGAGAUUUGUCAUACGUUCUAGACAAGAAGAAAUGAGAAAUAUAUACGGAAAUGAUAUGUCUUGAUACAAGUCUUGAGGAAAGUAACCUGUUCUUUUGCAGGUGAUAGGCGGGAUAUACAAAUAAUGAUUAAAAAUAGCUCUAUGAUUUAUAAGAGAGAAAAAGAUAGCAUAAAAGAGUGGAUGAGAGGAAGAAGCAAAUAUUUCCAAAGUUCGACAUACGUCUUUGACAUACUAUUCAAACAAGUGGCUCAAGCUAGAUCUAUUUUGAAGGAUAAAAGAACCUAUUUCCAUCCUCGACGAAGCGGACAUUUGAUUUCUUAUGGUUUAUAGAACCAAUCGUUUCGUCGAGCUACAUGUAGUAAUGUUCCUGUAGAAAAAGGAAAGAUAAUGGUUGAUGCGUUUCUAUAAAAAAAAAAAAAUAUUUUUCCAGUGCCUUUAUAUUGCGCUGGAUUUUCCAUACAUAGUUUUCCACAGUAAGGUAUAAGAUAAAAAGCGGCGCGUUGUGUCUUUGUUUCUCUCGGAACUACGUGUACAUACACUCGUCUGCCUCCACAUUUGACCUGUUCUUUUUUGCUGCACUGCCGCAUUGGUGCGACAAGUUAGAAUAAGAAAAAAUAUAUUUGUCUUACUCUUAACUUGUUGCACCAGUGCAGCGAAAAAGAACAGGCCAAUAUAUUCAAGCAAUCUUCAUAUUUUGUAUCGUAAUUUUUUUUCCUUUUCUUUUUACGAUUUUAAUCAUCGAAAAAUUGUUCGAAACAAUUUAGAUUCCAAGUUAUAACAUGUCGCUAUAAUUUUAUCAAGUACUUCUCGUACUUAUUGAUACAAGAUUUAUUUUUUCAUCAAAAUCGUCAAAAUCAAAAAUUGAUUCCAAAGAUAAAAGAAAUAAAUAUAAUUUACUUAUAUGUGAAUGCGUUUGUUGCGUUCAACAAAUGAGGAUGCCGUUUAUUUCAUAUGUAUACUUUUUUUGCUCCUGGAACAAGAUGCAAGAGAAUACAAUAUUUGAAUCUUUUCGAUUGUUUAUUGAUUUUAGAAACUAUAAAAAAAGUUACCGAAUAGAAAUACAAUUUUUAGAAAAUAUUAGACAUGCUCGUUCGAUUCAACUGACAAAAAGAUGUCGAUUAGAUUUGAUUCUUCUUUAUCUCAAUUAGAAACGAUUAAUUAAGAAGAUGCGGAUUUUAUAAAAGAUGAUAAUAAUAAUAAAACUCAUAGUAAUAACAAUAAUCAUAAUAACAUUAAUAACAAAACAAUAUUAGUAAUAAUAAUUAUAAUAGUAAGAUUAGAAAUAAGAUUCUCUCGCGACGCGCUUACUAAUUCUAUGCGAAACCACAGGAAAAUGAAAAACGACUUUUUAGUCGUUUCAAUGAUUUCCACUUGAUGCGAAUCAUUACAUACAAUAUGCAGUUUUUUCCUUAAUAAUUUUACUACUUUAUGAUGUAUCUCUCGAGCUUCGUGAACUCCCUCUGGUACUGGCGGAUUCUAGAGGGGGUGGGUUUAACCCCCCUUCCAAAUGAAAAAAAAACAGUUACUGAAUCCAUUAAAAAAAUUUAAGUAAAAUGAUGCAGGCCAAUUAACGCGAUCGCCUGUGGAUCAAAUUCUUAUGCAUAGAAUUCACUGUCUUCAAACUGUCCGAUGUCUGAUAUACGAUAUUCAAUGAAAAAUUUUACCAAAACUCGCCCCCAUUAUCGAUGUCAAGAUCCGCUAGUGCCUUCUGGUAAUCUUUUGUAAUCGUUACUUGAAACGAAUGGUUUUACAUAAUAAUUGGCAUUAUGUGUUCCUUUUUGUUUUUUUUUUACCUUAAAUGUACUUGCAAAGAUAUAUGUAUCUUCCUUAUCACUAUUGAUUUGGAAGUUUUUAUCCAUUUGUCGUGAGCAACAAAUAUAUCCUUUAACAGUAGAUCAUGUAAAAACGACUACUUAAAAAUUGAUUAGUCGUCACACAACUGAACUACUCCACGAGGAUAGCGGAAAAAAUCUAAAAAAAAAAAUACCAUUUCGACAUAGUCGAAUGUGAGUCUCUCAGGAGACGGCAAUGAAAACCAUAUUUUUCUAUAUGCAGAGUGUCAAAACUUUUUUAAUUAUCCGUAUUAAGCUGUAGAGCAAAAGAAAGUGAAUUUAAUCGCUGGAUGGCUCGCCACAAGACAUGAGUAUCGCAAGUGCAAGUGUAUUUGAUCAAUUGGUUCGUGCAAAACAAAAGUUGAAGGGAUGAACGUACAAUGAACAUUACUCUGCUUUUUGUUAUUAAAAUUUUCUAAUCUUGCCAUAGAGAUUUUUCAUGUAUAUGACUGCAUCAUUCAGAGCAGGAGUAUCUCGUUCAACAGAUUUUGCAUAAACCAAGGCGCGUCAUUUUAUUAUGCGUUUAACGGAGGAUCUCCAGCGGACUAUAUAUAGAGUAUAUAGAGUUUAGUCUUUUUGGCUUAUCUAAUCGACGCCUUGUCGCUACGAGUAUGUGCUACGAGUGUAUGCGUGUUUACAAAGUUUUUAACUUGAAUAUGUUAACAGGCGAUUGACGAAGACAUACAAAUUCCUUGACAUAGUACAAACGCUCACAAAUUCUUGUUUUUCUCAAAUAGAUUAGAUGCGUGACAAGGUGUACAAGUUAUUAAGUGAAUGAAACAACCGGCUGACCUCGAAGUACGAAUUCCUUUUUGUGGUUCCAAUAGUGAUAUUAUCUUUUCUGAUAUAUGAAUAUUUUGUUUAGGAAACGCGAACAAGUUUUCAAUGCGAUACAUUCAAAUGUCGAGUGUGCUCGAUUCGGUUUGUAUUUUGAAACAAAUUUUAAAUAUACUCUAUAAAGUUUUUUGUCUUGUUUGUCAUCUACGAGCCUUCCUAUGUCUCACUUUAAAAAGACGCUAUCAUUUUACUUGUUCCAUCGCAGCUAUAAACGAAUGUGAGAAAGAAGAUACUGGAAGUUCUCUAGUGCUAAGUAGUUUAUAUAAGAAUAUAAAGGCGAAACGACUUCGAGGACUUCCGGAAAAUUGUUAAAUAAUAUUGACAACUUUAUGACAACUCUUAAUUUCUAAACAUUUUGAUUCUUAUGUUUCAAACUGUCUCAAUUUGCAUUCUACAUCUCCAUGUUGCCACCUUCUUGGCUAAACCGCAGUCUUCCAGGGUACAAGAAUACUUGUAAUACUGGUUAUAUGUAAAUCAAAAAUUAAUACGUGAUUAACAAGCACGGUAAGGGCAAUGCAGAGAAAGGCAAGACAAAUGUAAAUGUAAACAAGAGUAAGAUAUAUAAUUGAGCGAUUCUUUUGAUAUAAUCAAUGUUUUAUUUUUAUAUAGAAUGCUUAAUGUGUGUCGAUUCUAAGAACGUGAAAUGAGAAAAUUGAACGGAAAAAAUGAUGCAAAAGAUGGAGCAACGUAUGAAUAUAAAAAAAAAUAUAAAAAAAAUCCAUAGUAUGUAUUAGAUGCGAAUAAAUUUAGAUCGCGAGAAUAAAAGUUCAACAUUUGCGCAACAUUUUUCAGCUACUUUAAAUAAUAUGUUUCAUAUAUAUGUAUAUGUAGGAAAGGCACUGGAAUUUGGAACACCAUUUUGUUUUUAGACAAUAUUUUUUAAAUAAUAGAAAAAUAAUGUCGGGAACAUGAAUACAAAUUAGAAAGUAUCUUCUAUCAAAUGGUAUAGUAAUUUUUAUAACACUCGUAUUUUUUUUAAUAAUUAAUGUUUUUGUGAUACGUGUCAAAAAGGACAUCUGCCGAAAUGGUUCACUAAUCACUAGUCACCUAAUUUGGAAUUUGUAUAAAAUCGAAGUAUUUUAAUGUUACAUUUUAUUGAUUUGUACAUCUUAUUAUGUAUUAUGUAAUCUACAGACUCAAUAUUAUUCCGUUAGGGUUGCAUAAGAGACAGAAUCGUGCAUAUAUAACUCUUGCUUUUGACGAAUUCAUUUAUAGCAGAUUUUAUAUAAAAAAGAAUAUGAAUAUAUGAAAUAUAGGUUUUUAUUUCUUUAAUUAACUAAGCAGAUCAUAUUUUUAUCGGUAUUUGUAUGGUGUGAUAUUUAGUUUUCAAGAAACAAGGGAGUUUCAAUUUAGGAAAUUGUUUCAAAUUCGGUUAGGUUCGGUGCCUUUCCUCUAUACUUUAUAUAUGUACAUACACAUCACAUUCUAUGUACACAUAUAUACCUUCUGUAAAAAAGUCUCCGAAAUUUGUCAUUUAAAAGUCUGCGAUAAAGGUAUAAAAAAAAUUUUGUGUGUAAGCACUGCACCUAAUUGCCAUGUAAAGUUUGGGCGCAAUGGGUUAAUCGGUUUAUUUACAACAGCUGUUUACGUAAGUCGAAUUCAAAAAUGAUUUGCGAUUUUCAUAAUAAUGAAUAAAUUUGUGUAAAGAACUUUUUUUAAAUUUUGUGUUGCCAACGAAAUUUCUUGCGCCAAAUCAUUGAAAAUGCUACAAAAGAAUUUUGAUGAGUCAUAACACAAGUGUAUGAAUAGCGCUUCGAAAACGAACUGAAACCCAGAAAACUACGCCAAAAUCGCUCAAACAUCAUUGUUAUUGUGAUGUGCACUCAGAAUUUCUUCCAAAUUGACAAAACCAUUAAUGAAGAAUAUUAUUUAGGCAUUAUGAGGCAUUUACGUGAAAAUAUUCGUCGAAAAACGCCAGAUUUAACCAUUUUUGGAUUUUGCAUCACGAUAAUGCGCCGUUGCACAUAUCGACUCUUGUACGCGAAUUUUUGGCCAAAAACUCAAACAAUGAUCAACCAAGCACGGUAUUUUCCAGAUGAUCUCGUAUGACUUUUUUCUCUUUUCCAAACUUAAUUUAAUUACUAUUUCGGGGAAGGCGGUUUCAAUCAAUUAAAGUCAUAAAAGAAAAUUCGGAGCUCAGAGCAAUAUCAGCUUCAGCGUUUAAAAAGUUUUGAGGACUGGAUUAAGCGUUAGUACAUGUGUAUUGCAUGCGAUGGGGCCUAUUUCGAAAACAACAAAAUCAAUAUUGGUGAAUAAACUAGUAUUUUGUUUUAUUUAAUAAUUCCGGAUUUUUUUGUAGAAUGUAUGUACAUAGACAUAUAUUCAUAAAAAUGCGUACAUCUUUCCUUACAAUUCGUUAUAUAUGUAUGUAUCUAAAUUGUAAGAAAAGUCGUAUUAGAUUUAUUGUUCGGAGCCUCAUUACCUGGAAAAAA